UGGCAGCGAUAUCGACUAGUUUAGCCCUAUAAAAGCUCAUCGAAAGGCACUUGAAAACAAAAUUCAUUCGAAUUUCAAUUGAUUAUUACAUCAAAGACAACGAGCUUCCCUUAAAAGUACUCAAAAAUGAUGCAGAUAAAGUUCCUGUUCACCUUCUUCGCUCUGCUGAUGCUGGUCGUCCUGGGAGCCAAGGAAGCCGAUGCCGACUGCCUUUCCGGCAGAUUCAGCGGUCCGUGUGCCGUCUGGGACAAUGAGGCCUGCAGGAGGAUUUGCCGGGAGGAGGGAGGAGGACGCGUCAGUGGACACUGCAGUUCCAGGCUGCAAUGCUGGUGCGAAGGAUGCUGAAUGCAA